AUGCUUUCUCAUCUAAUGAACGCUUUCACGCCCUCCGCCAUUUCUUCUACGCUCCUUGUCCUUGGCGAGUUUGGUUCCACGAUCCAUAUUCUUCAUAUCCUACCCGAGAACAGCAUCAACGAACGCUUCAGCCUCACAACCUCAUCUUCCGCUACCGCCUUUCACCACAGCGGAGCCACAGAGCAGGCCCGUGAGCAGAUUGGCACGGUCACACUUCACGUUGGAGAUGGCGAGACUGCCAACAAUUUCCUUGACGAUGUUGAGACACGGAUCCGUAAGCUGCGGGACGAUUCCUCCGGCUCGAGCCCAGCGCAGCAGCAGACGGGAACUGUUGGUGUGACUCAACUCGUGCAAGACGUCCUCAAGCCAGCAGCGAUGGAUGCAAUCCACGAAAGAGAGAAGCGAGAGCGGUCUAUGAAUGCGACGCAGGCAUACCCGGUUUUUAUUAUUUACAUCAGACGCUCAAGAGCAGGGACGAUCCUAAGAGAACCAACGAGCUUUCCUUCUUGA